UCAUAAGCACAUGCCACAUACGUGCGACAAAAAUGUCGGUCAUUCAAACCAAAGAGACGGAGAAUACACAGGGUUUGGUAAACACAGAGACCGUUGCAGCCUGCACUUAUUUCGGGGCUAAUCGUUGAUCCAUUCCCUCUCUCUCCUUCCUUUCAAUUUUACAUCGUUUUAUUAAUUAAUUUAAAAUUAAUUUUAUUUAUUUUCAUUAAAUGAAUUAAUGAGAACCUCGCCAUCUUUGCUUUCUUUAACUAUAGAUAAGGCCGUGCCUAAUCUCUCCCUUUUCUCUGAUCUUUCCCCUCUUCCUGAUCACAUACUUCUUGAUCUCUUUCUGAGAACAUUAAAAGCUGGAAAACUGAAUGAGAAAGUUUUAAAGUUGUUUAUGACCUCUGGAAAAGAUGAAGUCCUCGUUCUGAUCCAGACACUUAAUAUCAAGCAUAUCCUCACUCCUGUUCUUCCCACCAGAUGUUCUGAGAAGUUUUAAGAGUUUACAAAAUUGUACAUUUUGAAGAUAUUUGAAUCAGACACACACUGCUUUUAGGAGAUUGAAGAAGUUGGCUUUGGAUAUUGUUAUUCCAAUUUGGGAAUAUGAAUCAAGAAGGCAUCAAAGACAGUGACAUUGACAUUGUCAUUGGCGCAUUGCAACCUGACCUGACAUCAUUUUUGAAUGAAUGGAGACCGAUUUUCUCCAAAUUCCACUUGAUAAUUGUUAAAGAUCCUGAUCUCAAGGAGCAACUCAAAAUACCAGAAGGUUUUGACCAUCAUGUCUAUACUAAACCUGACAUUGAUAAAGUUGUGGGUGCUUCCAGUACUAUUUUGUUCUCUGGUUAUUCAUGCAGGUAUUUUGGAUAUCUUGUAUCUAAGAAGAAAUACAUCAUCUCUAUUGAUGAUGACUGCCUUCCAGCUAGGGACAAUGAGGGCAAUUUAGUAGAUGUUGUUGCUCGGCAUAUUACCAAUCUUACCACUCCAGCUAACCCUUUCUUCUUUAAUACACUCUAUGACCCUUACCGUCAGGGAGCAGAUUUUGUUCGUGGGUAUCCAUUUAGCUUGCGAAGUGGGGUGACCUGUGCUCUGUCGUGUGGUCUGUGGCUCAACUUAGCUGAUUAUGAUGCUCCUACUCAAGCCCUUAAGCCACAACAAAGGAAUUCUCAGUAUGUUGAUUUAGUUAUGACUGUUCCAGCUAGGGCUCUGCUGCCUGUCAGUGGUAUUAACAUUGCUUUUGAACGUGAGACAGUUGGCCCUGCACUUUUGCCUGCACUGAGGUUGGCUCGGGAAGGAAAACUGAGGUGGGAAACAAUUGAAGAUAUUUGGUCUGGAAUGUGUGCCAAGGUAAUGUGCGAUCAUCUAGGCCUCGGAGUGAAGACCGGGCUGCCAUAUGUCUGGAGAAGUGAUAAAGGUAAUCCAAUUGAAAGCUUGAAAAAGGAGUGGGCAGGGGUGAAGCUGAUGGAGGAGGUUGUACCUUUCUUUCAGUCUGUGAGGCUGCCGCGAACAGCAACCACUAGUGAAGAUUGUGUAGUUGAGAUAGCAAAAUCAGUGAAGGAGCGACUUGGUUCUGUGGAUCCUGUUUUCAAUCAUGCGGCCGAUGCCAUGGUGCAGUGGGUUAAACUUUGGAAGUCUGUUGCAUCUGCCUCAUCUGGUUAGGAGAUAGUAUUAGCUUUCUUGUUGAUGAUUGUUUUAAUCAUUUGUAGUUCAUGGAUUUUCCAGUUUUGCAAUUUUACUCUAUCAUGCACCAAUAAACUUCAGUAUCCUAUGUUUGGAACAGAAAUAAACAAUUUUAUGUAGUUAAAAGGGAUGAUUGUUAUUCCUUUGUUAA